AUGUACCCCAGCCCUCUCGUCUACUGCAGCUGCUGGGACCCUUGCAACUUGGGACCACGGAAGCUAAUCAAGACACCUCAGCCACCAAGAAAGACCUCCACAGGGAAGCCCAAGCUAACUCUUCCUCCAGCUUCAAAAAAACAAAAUUAUGUCCAACCAACAACAAAACCUAUUGUCUCCCCAAAUGUGAAAAGCCAUUUAGGAAAACAAGAGGAGAGCAAUAAUUUACCUUAUGAAGUAAUCAACGUGUCACCUGGCUAUCGCCUCUUUCGGAAUAGAGAGCAAAUUUCUGUCACCUUGGGAGAUGAGAUGUUUGAUAGGAAAAAGCAUUUGAAAUCAGAGGUCAUGGACAAAGUCAAAAUUUCCAGGACUGAUAUCAUUACUGACCUAGAAGAGCAGAUCUCAGAGCUGACGAUGAUAAUAGAGCAAAUGAACAGAGAUCACCAGUCUGCCGAAAUAUCGCUCUCCAAUGAAAUGGAUCUCCGCUGUGCUGAAAUGAAGCAGAGCUUUGAAAACAAGAACAGGGAGCUCAGAGAGGCUCACACAGCAGAACUCAAAGAGUUGGAGAACAACUACAAAGCAGCCUUAGAAGCAGAGAAGUUGGCUGCUCAGGAAAAACUAGAGGAAAUGGGAAAGGAAUACAAGUACUUGAAGACUAUGUUUCUUAUGUAUCAGGACAGCAUUUAUGAUGAAAUGGAAGAUAAGUGGUCAAGGAAGAAGGCAGAAUGGGAGAGGGAUGAGAAGCUGGAGCGGGAAAAGGUCCUGCUACAGCAAAAAAAUAAGAUGACAAAAAAGUUUGAGCUAGAGUCAGAAGAAGAAAAGAAGAAAAUAAGCGAUUCCUACAGUGCUGUCUUGGAGAACCUCAAUCGAGAGAAGGAGGAACUCUUGAAACAACAUGAAAAGGACACCUUGCUAUUAGAGGAGCUAAAAAAGACCAAAGAGAUCAUAGAGGAAGAGUUGCUUGCUCAAGCUAGUAUCCUAGAAUCACUUAACACAACCCUCUACCAAACCCAGAUAGAACUCCAGAGAGAGAAAGCUGCAGUGGGAAGUCUGGAGAAAACACUCCAGACCAAGCUUGCCGAAUCUGAAGAGAAGUUUAAACACACCAUACAGCUCCUGACAGAGGAAAACAUUCAUCUGAGGCAAAAGAUAAUUGCCAGGAAUGAAGAAAUAUAUGAAGAACAAUCUGGGAGAUCAACCUGUAUUACUAUUUAUGAGGAUGAUUCUGAGACUGUAGAAUAUAGUGACAACAAAAGAUAAAAAUUGUGAGCAGAAAAGUUGUUCUCCAUAAUCGGAGAUGGUAGGAAUACCAUCGCUGUAAGCCUAGAGGACUCAUGUAAGGUUUUCUUGAGAAACGCAUAUGAUGAGUUUGGUUUGGGGUUGCCUUGAUUCUACUUCUGUCUUUUCAACACUUGCUUUCCUCUGAGUGUUUGGGAUUGUAUUGAUUCUUAUCUCAACUACAUAGAUUUUUCAUGACACUUCAUUGUGAAAAGUGAUGUUCUCUAUACCUAGAGCUGAGCUUUCUCUGGGUGUGCCAUUUUCUCUUCCAUUUUUACAUAUUUCUUUGUGAAGACAGUGAUCUGAAAAUUUUCUUCCUAUUAAAUGUUGACUGUAUUUUGGACUAUACCUUUUCUCCCCCCUGGGGCAUUUAGCUAGCAAGAAAGAAUUAAUUGGUUCCAUUACAAAAACCUUUCUUUUUCACAUGUGUUCCCUACUCUCCCACCUCCCAAUCAGGUUUCCUAAACUAUGAUUUAGGAAGAGUUUCUGAUGAU